AUGCUGAAACGUUAUGUUUUUAAAGGUACUCUAGGGUACCGGAAGUUGUCAUACAGAUACCCGCCAUGUAAAGAAGCUAAACAAGAAAGAGAAACUGAUAUAAUAAGCAGCAAGAACGAUGAUAAUAAUGCUGAAAGUACAAGCAUACAAGAAAAAGUGAUUUUUGGUAGUAUAUUCGAGAGAAUGCAAAAGAAAGAGGAAAUAAUGAAUCGCAAUAUGAGUAAACUGCUCUCGAGCAAGAAAAGGGGAAAUGAAUUGAAAAUUACCUUUGGUAACGAUAUAAAUCCAUCUGACUUGAAUUUGGUGAAAUUUUUGAAAGGUGAAGCUGAUAAGCAGAGAGAAGAGAAGGGAAAUAUAAUGUACAAUCUUUUUGUUAACCUUGAAGAGACAUUACGCAAGAAUAAGAAAAACACUUUAGCCAAAUCAGAUAUACUAGGGAUGAAUAUUGAUACGAAGGUCCAGAAACCCAGCUUAGAGAUUGACUUCGAUAGAUUAGAAUCCGAAGAGAGACAUAAAGCUGCAUUGAAUAAUGUUAUGAAACCGUACAUCAACCAGUUAUCUACAGAAAUCAAUAAUGAUUUUGAUAUCUUAGAGAAAAUAAAAGAUUUAAUGACACUUUUCUUACACAGAGACAGAAAACAAGAUUUGCUCCUUAGAAAAUCCCCAAUUGAAAUUAUAGCGCAUAUCCAAAAACAUUGUAGCAAUACUCUCAGACAGUUGCCAGAACCUUAUGCUGUAACUUUACCCUAUACCGUUGUAAAAUUAUUAUCAGACCCCCAAUUUGAGAUUCCAUCCGAUAGAAAAUAUACCAUCUUAAUGUACGUAUACCAAGAAUGCAAGGCAAAUGUAGAUCUGUCACUAUAUUUAAAUCUUUGCACCAUUGAUUUUUAUAACUUAUUAUUACAAUUAACAUGGGAAAAUUUCAACGAAAUUUACAGGUUAAGAGAAAUUACUAAUGAAAUGGAGAUAAACGGUAUUACAGGCGAUAUAUAUACGGUAGAAUUGCUUGAUAAGAUUGUUAAUGAUCUAAGGACAAUGAAUGACAAUGUCUUAGAUGAAGAGGAUUUGGAUAAAAUGAAGAAAAAUGCCUUGACCAUCGGAGUCGUUUGGUCCAAGGAAACAGAGACUGAUCUUCAUUUGAUCGAGAAUUAUGUGAAAAAUUUGAAAAAAGCUCUGACGGCCUCAAACUGA